CUGAGUUGAAAACACUGUGAUCAUCUAUAUAUGUAUGUUGUGUUACUUCUCUUACAGAACUUACAUCAGCGCAACUACAUACAAAGUCAAAACCCAUCUUUGGAAACAAAUAUUGUAAGUGUAAUGUAAUUAUUUAGAGAGUCUCGCGUCCCGUUAGAUCAGAUGGAGAGGGCGGGGUUUGUGAGCUAUACUGGGUCCAGCCGCUGGGGGCGAUCGAGACGCUCUGGCGUCACUCUGCAGCAGCGCUCGUGAGGAUCACUCGGUGUGCGCAUGCGCGGGUAAGUGAGCGGAGCUGCGCGAGAGUACCGAGAGUUGUACGAAUUGAUUGAAGACAAUGAGGAGAAAAAUCAUGUCAGAAAUGUAGAAAAACCGAACGAUUUAAAGAAAAUAAUUUGCAAGAAAUCUUUCACCUACACUCAGUGUGGAAAAAGUUUCGAAUACAAAACAAAUUCUUGAGCGUCACAUGAGAGUUCAUACUGGAGAGAAACCAUACACAUGUGAUCAGUGCGGGAAGAGUUUCACACAAUCAGCACACCUUAAAGAUCACAUGAACAUCCACACUGGAGAGAAACUGUACUCAUGUGAUCAAUGUGACAAAACAUUUUUGUGGGCUUCAGUCCUGAAGAAACACCUUAGAGUUCAUACAAAGGAGAAGCCACAUUCAUGUCAUUUGUGUGGAAAGAGUUUUUCAUUUUUACAAAGUUUGAAGAGACAUCCGAAGAUACAUAUUGCUGUGAGCGAGUACAUGUGCUUUGAGUGUGAGAAGACUUUUAAUACAGCGGGCGGUUUUAAAAAGCACCAGAGCAUCUACACUGGAGAGAAACCGUUCACAUGUGAUCAGUGCGGGAAGAGAUUCACACUAAAAGCAAACCUUACAGACCACAUGAGAGUUCAUACUGGAGAGAAACCAUUCACUUGUGAUCAGUGCGAAAAGAGUUACACAUCCUCAUCAACCCUUAAGCUACACAUGGACAUCCACACUGGAGAGACUCAAACAAAGAAGCAGCACCUGACUUUUCAUACAAAGAAGAAGCCACAUUCAUGUCAUUUGUGUAGAAAGAGUUUUUCACAUCCAGAACAUUUAAAAGUGCAUCAGAAAGUACAUACUGGUGUGAGAGACUACAUGUGCUUUGAGUGUGAAAAGACUUUUACUUCAGCGAGCAGUUUAAAACAGCAUGAGAGGAUUCACAAGAGAUUCAGUGUGUCAUCAAGUCUGAAAACACACAAGAGGAUUCACACUGGAGAAAAACCUUACAAGUGUUCACACUGUGACAAGAGAUUCAGUCAUUUAGGAAAUCUGAAAACACACAAGAUGAUUCACACUGGAGAGAAACCUUUUAAGUGUUCACACUGUGACAAGAGAUUCAGUCAUUUAGGAAAUCUGAAAAAACAUGAGAGGAUCCACACUGGAGAGAAACCGUACACAUGUGAUCAGUGCGGGAAGAGUUUUGCAAUAAAAGGAAGCUUUACGAACCACGUGAGAGUUCAUACUGGAGAGAAACCGUUCAUUUGUGAACAGUGCGGGAAGCGUUUCUCUCAAUCAUCAACCCUCAAGGUACACAUGAACAUCCACACAGAAGAGAAACUGUACACAUGUGAUCAGUGCGGGAAAAUGUUUUUGUUUUCUUCAAAUCUGACUACACACCUGAAACUUCAUGCAAAGGAGAAACCACAUUCAUGUCAUUUGUGUGGAAAGAGUUUUCCAUUAAUACAAUAUUUGAAAGUACAUCAGAAAACACAUACUGGUGUGAAAGAGUACAUGUGCUUUGAGUGUGAAAAGACUUUUGUUUCAGCGAGCGGUUUAAAACAGCAUGAGAUGAUCCACACUGGAGAAAAACCAUAUAUAUGUGGUCAGUGUGGGGAGAGUUUCUCACAAUCAGCAAACCUUAAGUAUCACAUGAACAUCCACACUGGAGAAAAACCAUACAAGUGUUCACACUGUGACAAGAGAUUCAGUGUGUCAUCAAGUCUGAGAAAACAUGAGCGGAUCCACACUGGAGAGAAACCUUAUACGUGUGCACACUGUGAAAAGAGAUUCAGUGAUUCAGGACAGCUGAAAAGACAUGAGAGGAUUCACACUGGCAAGAAACCUUUUAAGUGUUCACACUGUGUCAAGAGAUUCAGUCAGUCAGGAACCCUGAAAAUACACGAGAGAAUCCACACUGGAGAGAAACCGUAUCACUGCACUGAAUGUGGGAAGUGUUUCAAUAAUUCAUCUUCUCUACACAAUCAUACAAAAAACAUUCACAGAAAGUAGAUAAUCUUCAGAUCCAGUACUUUCAGAUCUGAUGCUGCAUCCAUUACAAGCAACAUAACGAAACAUUAUCUGAAGUUUUCACAGUGAAUAAAGUUCAUCUACAAAACCAGUAGAUUCAACUGUGAUUCAGAUCAACUCAAAGAUGGAGUUCAUCUCCAAAGAACAAUGUCACAAAAGUUUAUUCUUGUACAUCAUUUUGCUUCAUGAUAUAAAUGAUAUCCCAGGGGGCGUAUUACAGAAAACUUCUUAUCUUAGGUCUUAACUUAAGCUAUGAUAUGUUAAAUUAGGAUUUUUUUUUCUUGCAAAUUCGUAUUACAGAAGCAAAUCUUAACUUGAUUUAGGAUUCAUCUUACAAAGUCGUAUCUUAUCUCUAGUUAGGAAAUCUUAAAUGGCAUCAAGUUCGACAAUCCACUCUCAGGUUUGUUACCAAGCAACCAACACUGCGCGAGCUGCUGAUGAGGGAAACAGAAUAACAGAAGCUACUUCACUUUUGCAAAAAAAAAAAAACGUAACUACAGCAUUAGUCAAUGGUAGACUCUUUUCUGUAGUAGCUUUUGUCCUAAAUGUGGUCCUAACUAAAAUUAUCAUGGUUAUCAAACAGAUGAGAUAAUAUUUUAAAGUUAAGAUCUUUCUUUUACCAUGGCAACCUGGACACCUUUAUCAGACCAGAUUUACUUUACGACCUAAUGGCAUGUCGAGAGUUCUCCCUCUCACUACCUUUCCCCAUAGGAAACACCCAUAAUGCCCAUAAAAAUUCUAAUGAAUUAAUAGGAAAAAAGACUUUCUUUGAAUGAACACGCAUAUCGUCAGGUCACUGUGUAUAUUAUUACUGUUCUCAUAUAUUGUCUUUUGUAUUGUAUACUGUUUUAUGCAUGCAUUAUGGUAGAUCACUAGUUAAAAUAACCUCAUCUAUACCAUGUUUGGUCUCUUUGAAUUCGUGUUUUGAUGAUCUAAGUGAGAGUGUGCAUUAUAUGUUGAUACCUACGCAACAUGUUAAUGCUCUGAGAAUCUUUACUAGUUGUGCAUCAACACCCAAUCCCAUUAAAUAUGCAAAGUACCAUGCUGCCAAGACAAAGAGUCGUAAACUUUCCCUCCGAAAGUGUAGAUCUCUAUUGGUUCAGAUAUGUGUUAGACUAGUUUGUGUUAGUGUUUAGUUAAUAAAACUCUUGUGCACAGAUUA